UAUCGCGAUAUCGACCCAAGUGUAACGGUUGACUCCAUCAAAGCCGUUUUAAAACAGUUGCGAUCCGCGUAUCGGGCGGAAUUGAGCAAAAAGCUGCAAUAUACGCGAAAUUCCACAACUGGUUCCACCAUACCGUGCAGCCCUUCACCGUGGUACGUGGAUGCGUUGAGUUUUCUGAAGUCACCUAAUUCGGAACGUCCAGACGGUAGCAAUGCCCACAGUGUGACUGCACACAGCCAUCAGAUUACCGAUGGUGUACGGGAAGAUCUGAGGCACUACUGCAAGUCUUUGACAAUCGAGUUCCAAAAACUCUCAGAUACACAACUGCAAUACGCACAAGCACAUGUCGAGCGCAUUUUAAGGGGUGCGCAGUUAGAGGCACUAUCCAGCGAUUGGCCGAAAACAGAUCCGAGCUUAGAAGAAGUCUCAUGUCCCACUCCAGAAGCUUGGUUUGAUUCUGCCACAACCAGUAAUGGUACAGGUCAAGGCGGCAAACGAGGGCCUUCAAGAGAGGAAAAUAGUGUUCGUAAGUGUACAAAACUAAACGAAGGACAAACUCAGUACAUUGAGAACGUCACCGAAAGCGAAGGCAGACCCUCCACCAGAGAUGAUGCAUCUUUUGAAGUAAAGUACGAAAUCUACGAGGAUGUUUUGAUGGAUGAUGACACCAAUGAAAGUGAAGGGCAACUGUGUGUUCAGCACGAACAACAGCAACAGGCCAUUAUUAAAUACGAAUACACUGAUUACGAUGAAAGGGAUGUGGUUUAUGAAAACGAUCAGGAACAGGAUUCUUUGGACGACUACGAUGAGCAACACGAGAACGCUUCUGUCACUUUCCCGCUUGAAUUGAAAGAACACGAUACACUCCAUGAAAGAAAUGGCAGUUUUAGCAACACGACCGAAAAUGUCGAGACUUCUACCGUCGACACAAAUGAAACGCCCAAAGCCAAGGGCCAGAUGCAAUCGACAGCAAGAAAGACGUCCCAUGAAGCCACAAUGAGUAAUACCAAACAUUUCAUGAUCGUAAGGCUUCCAUCGGGCACUGCACUACGGCGUCAGUGUACUGCACACAAAUCAUCUUACAUUGAUAACGUAGUGGUCAACUAUAGCGAAACAGAUUUUUUGGAGAACUUUCGUAUUGGGCGAAAAACGGUUCACAAAAUCUGUCAGCAUCUGGCGAAGAUAGGUUGCUUCCAACAGGCAAAAGGACAUGGUGGGUAUGCAGCGAUUGGUGUGGAGACAAAUGUCCUUGCGUUUUUAUGGUUCAUGGGACAGGAAAAGGCCCAUUACCGCGAUGUGGCCGAACGGUUUGAUCUGUCCCUAAGCUGUUUACACGAUGUUAUCUGGCGAAUGUGUGACGCGUUGCUCUUACUCAAGCCGACCGUCUUCGUCCGACCGAACGAGAACCGGAAACAGAUGCUGGUGGACCAUUUUGCUAAGUUGUGCGCCAUACCCGGAGUGAUUGGCAUUGUGGACGGAACGCACAUACGCAUUGACAAACCGAGCGAAAACCCCAACACGUACUUGGUGCAAAAACGUUAUUACUCACUGCAAUUGCAAGCAAUCUUCGAUGAGAACAAGCAGUUCAUCGACGUGUUUGUAGAUUAUCCCGGUGAGCCCGAUCUGCUGACAGCGGUGCGUGAACUGUGCACCGAUCAGUACUGCAUUCUGGGCAGCGAUGCUUAUCCAUGCAUUCCACAACUACUGGUGCCCUACCGCGGCGUUGCAAAACCAUUGACGGAGGGCCAAGUCAUGUUCAAUGCGCAGCUUGCGGCAGUGCAGAAGGUGUAUGAAAACACGUUUACAAUGGUAAAGCAACGCUUUCGCCAACUUUACCACCUGAAAAGUCGACAGCUGUCGAACGUGGUGAAGCUAAUUAAGGUUUGUUGCAUACUGCACAAUCUGGCCCCGCAGGAGGAAAUGGCAUUGCUUGGGCGGGACAAUACCCAACAGAAAAUGCCCUUCAGCGACGCGGGAUUCGUGUUUACGUACGCUUCAGAGUCCGAGGCGAAACUCGAGCUCGGUAAACAGAAACGAGAGCAGAUUUGUGCAUAUCUGCAAGCAGAUACUUCACGUUGAUUGAAAUAAAAUAUUGAAAUACAAGAUAUUCCAAUUGGAAAAUUGACGAAAGGAAUUUUCAGAUUCAGUUUCAGAUAGCUGUGUGCACAAUGGGUGUCGCAUUCGCUAACAAUGGAAC